AUGGCAGAGAGGCAUCGGUUGCUGGAAUCCGAGCAUGCUAAAGACAAGGAGAAGUUGAGGGUAGUCGAACAGAAAACCGAGGCUCGAGCCCGGAUUAGUGACGAGCUCAAAAGCAAGUUCGAGGAGGCAUCCGAAGCCAAUGACGUGCUUCAGGACGAGCUCAAGUCGGUUAACCAAAUUCACAGAGUUCUUCUCGAAGAGAGAUCCAAACUAGUGGCUAAAUUGGAAAAAGUCGAGGCCGACUUAGAAGAGUCUCUUAAGGACAUGGAGGCUGCCGAGGCUCGUACUACGAUUUUGGUCGAGUAUGAACGGUGGAAGUCCAGGAGGGCUACCCUCGAACAGGCCCAAAAAGGAUUAGGGGACCUCCAGGCUCGGAUAAAUGAAGCCAAAGCAAUGGAGGAGGAGGCUAAAAAAGCUCUUGAUGCUGAGUCUGAGGAUUCCGAGCGAACGGUUUCCGAGAACUCCGGCUCCAACCGUACCGGGUAG